GAGAUUUGAUGAGAAGCUUAAAGGAAAUAUAAGAAAACACAUUGUGAAUGAGGCUGGGAGACAGUCCAUAAUAGAUAAGUUUUAUGAAGUGUAUGGGGUAAGACAUCAAUGGAAAAAAUUUGGGAGCAAAUUUACCACUUGCAAGAAGCAGUACGAAGCUUUCAGGAAACUGACUCACAAUAGAACCGGACUUGGUUAUUUUGCAAAUGGGUUCAUUGACAUGUUUGAGGAUUCGUGGAACGAGCGGUGUAAGGAAUGGCCUGGAGGUAGGAAAAUAAGUCAGCGGAUUGAAUUGUGGAACUUGGGUGGUGGUGAUACUCUAGUAGCAAUGACAACGGAAACGGAAAAGAAGAAGGGACCAACACAGAUUCUUAAAACAGACAAGGCAACUAAACUUGCUGAGAAGCUUGGACUUGGUGCUCAAGUGUCACGACAAAAAAAGCGUAGACCCUCAGACGACCCUCUCGAUCAGAAACUAGAAGCCAAGUUUGCUGCAGGGAAAAGAAAAAAUGCAAGAUUGGUUGCAGAAUCUGCUGGUUCUAGUAAGAAUGCCGGUGAUGACAAUGAGGAUGGUGAUGAAUCAGAAAGCAAAAGCCAAGCAUUUGGUAUGAAAAAGAAAAAUACAAGUACGCCUCAUUAG